CCUUCCGCGGCGUUGCCCGCGCCCGUCGCUCGCCUCAGCGCGGCGAGAAGCGUCCCGGGCCGGGCGGGGGAGAGCCCUGCCCCUCCGCGCCGGCACUGGGGGCUGCGCCGGCGGUGUCUGGGGAGCGAGGCCUCUGCGGCGCCCGGCGGCUCCGUGGCUCUGAAGCUGUGGCCCUGGAGACCGUAGAGAGCUGCUUCGCUUCCCGCCUUCGGCUCUCAGCCUCCGGCGCCCUGAGGGAGAGCUCGCCUCCGGAGGUCAGCUGCUUGGAGUGGCCUUUCGUUACUAAAGCCGCCCGAGAAGCGACUUUGCCUACAAAAGAGCUUUCGCUGAAGCUGUGUUGAGACGGGGCACCCCAAACCCAGGUGUGCUGAAGUCUGGAAGCAGCGUCGCCUAAGGAGCCGGGAAGGGGGAAUUCUCCAGGCUGCGUUUCGAAGUAGGAGUGGGAGAAGAGCUUAUCUGUGGCAAUGAUAGAUCCUUUAGAGAACAACUUGUUUGAUCUUCCUGAUUAUGAGAAUACAGAAGACGAAACGUUUCCACCUCUGCCACCUCCUGCCUCUCCAGGACGAGAUGAUGGUGAUUGGACUCAAGCUAAUGGAGGUGGAAACCAGCAGUCAGAAACAAAGGAUUCUGCUGUGGCUACACGGAAGGCAGUUAAAAGACCAAUGCCUAAACUAGAUGCCCAGAGGUUAAUUUCAGAAAGAGGACUUCCAGCCCUUAGACAUUUGUUUGACAAUGUAAAAUUCAAGGGUAAAGGACACGAGGCAGAGGACCUGAAGACACUCAUACGACAUAUGGAACAUUGGGCUCAUAGACUUUUUCCAAAGCUGCAGUUUGAGGAUUUUAUUGACAAAGUAGAGUCUUUAGGAAACAAAAAGGAAGUUCAGACCUGCCUAAAGCGGAUUAGACUUGAUCUUCCUAUUUUACAUGAAGACUUUGCAAAUAAGGAAGCAGAUAAAGGAGGGCAAAGCAACAGCCUGGAUACAGCCACAGGAGAUGCUCAUUCCUGCUCUGGAGAUGCAGAGGAGCCCAGUUCUGUGUCUGGUACCACUCUGACAGAAGAGCAGCAGCAGCGAAUCAGGAAGAACAGGCAGCUGGCCUUGGAGCGCAGGCAGGCAAGGAUGCAGUGCAGCGGCCAGUCACAACACAAUGAGCUGUCUACUAGUUAUUCAGAAGAGGAGUGUAAUACUCCUUCUGCUCAAGAUCUCCCUGACCUCAUGGAACACACUCAGGUUACCACAGCCAAGGCUGCUGUCACAAAAGAUGAAGAUGGAGACUUAGAAGACGAGCUGUAGCCAUUCUCUGCACUUUGAAUGACUUUCUUGACCAAGAUAACCCACUGUAAGUACUGUCAGUGUACUGAAAGGUUGCUGCCUCUGUGCCCUCUGACCAGAAGCCUUGUGGAAGCCUUCACCCUGACAGCUGUACAGCUGGACAAAACUCUUUGCUUCAGACACCAGAUUGCAAUACACUGGAAAAGUGAACAAAGUUCUUCAUCUGUGUUUGAGACAUCUUUUCCACCUCCCUCAACAUUCUUGAGGAAAUGUUAACAAGUGUUUUGGCCUACUUUGGAGGUUGUUUACAACUGUGGCAAACUGAAUUAACUGGGGUAUUGACAGUUGAAGUUUCUGUUCAAGUUGUUUGGUUUGUUUAAUAGAAGGUGCACAUACAAUAGUGGGCAGUGCUAGCUCUCAACAGGGAUCCCGGAUCUCUUUAACUUAUCAAGUAACUGUAUCUUCUUCUUAUAAAAUAGAAGCUAUUAAAUUUCAGAAGCCAAACCUGAAAUUCCCAUAUGAGGCUGUUACAGGUCCAGGCCCUGCCACUUUCCCUGUCCCUUGUGCUAGUCAGACAACUUGUCUCAGACAAGUACAGCCCCUAAUGGAAACAUGCUUUGGCCACAUCAGUUCUCUGCCCUUGCCUGAUCCCCGUUCUCCGUCUUGAGGCUCUGUUUUGCCUUUUUACAUUGUUCCUCCUCCCUGCACAACAGCUUUUCCCUUAUGGCAGUUGUGCAGCUUGGGGAUUUCAAUAAACAAAAUUCUAUAUUCUAGAUUAGUGUGAAGGAGUUUUGCUUUUUAAAUCCUUGUAGCUAGGAGUCAGACUCACUAAACUACACUGGAAGAGAGCCAACAGCUGUAGAAAAUACUGAAGUUCUUAAAACCCAGUUUAUAGGCAGUGUGGGAAAAAACCUUUUGAAGUCAAAGAAUUCACACCAUCUUUAGUCUGGAAGAUGAGAUUUAUCACGUAUAAAAAGCUCUUAAAAACACACAUGUUCACCAUCAGAUAAGAUAAGACCCAUUUAAAAUAUACAUUCAUUUUCUUAUUGAAAGGGCUCUUGAACACUUCAAUAGACUUCUUUUUGUAAAACCCCCCCCCAACUCACUCAUAUCAGGUAAACAAGAGCAAAACAUGAAAAAGUUAUUGUUCAAGUUCUAAUGUCAGCUGAAACAUCUAAUAGGGCCAAGUCCCUGAUCUCCUCCAGCAGCUGGUACAAGCUUGGGCCCUUGGUCUGGCAGUACUCCUGGUAGUCUUCAUCAAUUACUUCCGUUCUUGCCUUUUCCUGCGCCCACUGGGCAGCUGCUGCAGACUGACUGACCUCUUUUACCAAGUCAGAUUUCACCACCUGGAAAGUCUUCUGGGAAAGCUCUGUGUCUGAAAUCUGGUGUGGUGCAUUCCUGACUAUUUCAAGCUUGAUCGUGUCAGCGUGGCAGCGGGAAGUCUGCACGAGUAUUUUCACCUUAAAAGCAAUAGAAAAACGACUGUAUUUCUGCUGGUGCUAUUUCCUUUUACUUCCAUCAGAUUAAAUACUCACUGUAAUGUGAUCGAAAAGGCUCAGAGUAACAGAUUCUCCAGUAGUUGGAGUGGAAGUGAUUUUAUUCUGAGAGCGAUGAAGAGAUCCUGGUUUCCACUCACAGCUCCUGUCACCCUGACAAGAGAGGACUAAGCCUUCCUUGUUUUUCAUAUAGGCAGCACCUUUGAUUCCAUAUCUACAAAAAAGCAGACAAAAGCUGUUUUGACAGUUUUCACCCUUACCAGUUGUCUUAAUUUUGAAGCCAGCAGAAGGCUGGCUGGGGUUAGAGGAGCAACAUAAAGGGGCAAACGCUGUAGCCUGAUAAUCCUGCUUCAGUGCUGCCGACCUGUGUUGUCACAGAAGCCCCUUCAGUCUGUGAAAACAGCAGGAAAUCCGGACUGAAGGGGUUUGAAAGCAGCAAAGUGAAAGUAAAACACAGUGGGGAUACUUUCUCUCAGGUGCUGGGUGGAGCC